AGCGGCGGUGGUAAUGUUGACUGUUGUCGCUAGAGUGCCAGGGCUGAAUUUAUGUCUUAGCCCCGCCCUGGGUGGUUGUCUCCAGCCGCGUACGGUCUGGCCUGUGCUCGCACCACAAACGGUCCGCGUUGUCUCGCGAGGUUUCACGAAGUUUCCGGUGUUGUGUAUGUUCCUGGAAACAUGGCGGUCAGCAUCCGCGGCCGUCCGAUCCGAAGUCUUAGGAUGCGAGGUCGGAAUGACAGCGGGGAAGAGAACGUACCGCUCGAUCUGACCAGAGAACCCUCUGACAACUUGCGUGAAAUUCUUCAGAAUGUCACCAAACCGCACGGUGUCAGCAACAUGCGAAAACUGGGCCACCUGAACAAUUUCGUAAAGCUACUAAUCAGCAUUGGCCACUGCGAGGAGAAGUUUGGGUUUACAUAUGAAGAAAUUAUCAUCUGCCUGCGGUUAGCCCUGCUGAACGAGGCCAAGGAGGUACGCGCUGCGGGCCUAAGGGCUCUGAGGUACCUCAUCAGAGAUAGCAGUGUGCUGCAGAAGGUCCUCAGGCUGCAGGUGGACUACUUGAUAUCCAGGUGCAUUGACAUUCAGCAGAGCAAUGAGGGAGAGAGGACUCAGGCCCUUCGACUGGUCAGAAAGAUGAUCACGGUGAAUGCCCUGCUGUUUCCCAGCUCUGUCACCAACUCUCUGAUCGCCGUGGGAACAGACGGGCUGCAGGAGCGGGACCGCAUGGUGCGCGCCGCCAUCGCCAUCGUCUGUGAACUUGCGCUGAAGAACCCGGAGGUCGUGGCCCGGAGAGGCGGCCUCAGCACCAUCCUAAAGAGCGUCAUCGACUGCCAGCUGAGCCGCAUCAACGAGGCCCUGAUCACCACCGUCCUCCACCUGCUCAACCAUCCGCACACCCGGCAGUACGUGCGCAACGACGUGGAGCUGGAGCAAAUCCUGGCACCUUUCACAGACUUCCACUACCGACACAAUGCAGACACAGCAGAGAGUCAACUCAAGGAGGACCGCGAGGCCCGUUUCCUGUCCAGUCGGAUGGCUAUAGUAGCUGCCUUCCGUUCCUGGUCUGGGAUUAUUAACCUCUGUCGGACCGGGAACUCUGGCAUCCAGUCCCUGAUUGGUCUGCUGUGUAUACCAAAUAUGGAAGUUAGGAAAGGCUUGAUGGAGGUGUUUUAUGAGAUCUUCAGGUUACCUCUCCCCAUUGUUACCCAGGACUUUGCCGAAGCGCUGCUAAGUGUGGACCCCAGCAGAUGCCAGGACAGCUGGCGACUGUCUGACGGCUUUGUGGCAGCGGAGGCCAAAGUCAUCCUUCCUCAUAGAGCCAGGUCCAGACCUGACCUGAUGGAGAACUACCUGGCCUUGGUGCUGUCGGCCUUCAUCUCCAGUGGCCUGCUAGAGGGUCUAGUGGAGGUGGUGACCAGCAGCGAGGACCAGGUAUCGGUCCGAGCCAUCAUCCUUCUGGGAGAACUGCUGCACAUGGCCAACACCAUCCUCCCUCACUCCCACAGUCAUCAUCUACACUGUCUGCCCUCCCUCAUCAACAUGGCUGCCUCUUUUGACAUCCCCCAGGAGAAACGGCUACGGGCGAGUGCAGCAGUCAACCACUUAAAGCGUUUCCAUGACAAGAAGAAGCAAGGACCCAAACCCCAUAGCCUAUAUCUGGACCACAUCGUCCGCCAGUCUGCGUCCAGCCACCACCGGAGGGAGACACACACACGCUUACACAGAGACAUCUACGCUAUCAAGGACACAGAGGAAGCCCUGAUGUUAAACCUGCGAGACAGUCAGAUCCUCAACCACAAACAGAACCUGGACUGGAACUGGCUCCUCAUCGCCACCAUACUGAAGUGGCCCAACGUGAACCUCAGGAACAACAAAGACGAACAGAUGCACAAGUUUGUGCGGAGGCUGCUGUACUUCUAUAAACCCAGCAGUAAGCUGUACGCAGCAUUGGAGUUGGACCAUCCUAAAGCCAGACAGCUCACUGUGGUGGGAUGCCAGUUCAUCCAGUUCCUCAUUGAGUCUGAUGAGGAUGGCCAGGCGUACCUGGAGGAGCUGGUGAAAGACAUGGUCGCCUGGCUGUCCUCAACCUCUGGUCUGAAGCCUGACCACUGUCUCCAGAGCAACGGACUGCUGACCACACUAAGCCAGCACUACUUCCUGUUCCUGGGGACCCUCUCAGCUAAUCCGAAUGCAGUUAAGCUGCUGGAGAAGUGCAGCCUCUUUCAGUGUUUGCUGAACCUGAGCUCUGUGAAGAACCAGGACGCAGUGUUGAAGCUGGCCGUGUCUACUCUGGACUACAGCAGAGAUGGACUGGCCAGAGUCAUCCUGUCAAAGAUCCUCACUGCUUCCACUGAUGUAUGCAGGUUGUAUGCCACCAAGCAUCUGCGUGUGUUGCUGAGGGCAGGGGUGGAGUUCUUCAGUAACUGGGGGAUGGAGCUGCUGGUCACCCAGCUGCACGACCACAGCAAAGCUGUCUCCAUGGAAGCCCUGGACAUUCUGGACGAGGCCUGUGAGGACAAGGCUAAUCUCCAUGCUCUGAUCCAGCUCAAACCAGCUCUGUCCCACCUGGGAGACAAGGGUCUUCUGCUGCUCCUCAGAUUCCUGUCUAUUCCAAAGGGCUUCUCUUACCUCAAUGAAAGAGGCUACGUCAGCAAACAGUUGGAGAGAUGGCAGAAGGAGUACAACCUGAAGUAUGUAGACCUGAUAGAGGAGCUGCUAAAUGAGGCGUUAACUACCUACCGCAAACCUGUGGACGGAGACAACUACGUCAGACGCAGCAACCAAAGGUUACAAAGACCAAAUGUUUAUCUUCCUGUGCACUUGUAUGGCCAGCUGGUCCACGAUAAGACAGGCUGCCACCUACUGGAGGCUCAGAGUGUGGUUCCUGACCUCAGCUACACGGUUCGCUCCCCGAUGCUGGACAGCUGGGAGGGCAUCAAACAGCUGAAGGCUGCUCUCUGGGCACUGGGUAACAUUGGCUCAUCAAACUGGGGUCUGAACCUGCUUCAAGAGGAGAACGUCAUCCCGGACAUCCUGGCCUUGGCUCAACACUGUGAGGUCCUGUCCAUACGGGGAACGUGUGUGUAUGUGAUCGGCGUGAUGGCCAAGACACGGCAGGGCUGUGAGGUGUUGAAGCAGUACGGCUGGGACGCCGUCAGACACAGUCGCCGGACGCUCUGGCCCGUCACACCAGAGGAGGUGGAAACCCAGAUGACGUCUGAACUUUCCUCCGUACCGAGCACACUCAGUCUCAACUCCGAGUCCACCAGCUCCCGGCACAAUAGCGAGAGCGAGUCCCAGCCUAACAUGUACAUCAUGGAUGAUGACAGGUGUGAGAUUUCAGACCAGUCGGACGACGCCUCCGUCCACCUGCGUUCUAAACCCGCCAAGGACCGCAGCCCGUUCACCAUUCUGGCCUCCACUCGCUUCGUACGCAACCGCUUCCUCAACUCCCUGACCCUUCCCAACAAGAAACAGCGCUCCACCAGUGACCCCAAAGCCCUGGGCAGCAGCCGCACGCCCACCGAGCCCAAACCGGGGGGUCAGAGCCGGACCCGGACGUUGACCGAGCCCACCAUGCACUGCUCGUCGCAGGGCGACGUGUUCAUGCCCGUCUUCAACGGGAGAGGCACGGCCAAGAGCCCCACGGUCAGCCUGGAGACCUCCUUUGUGGGGAACAGGGACUCGGUGGGGGGGUCUGAGGAGCUCCUGGGAGAGACCGGGCUAGGCCAGGCUGGUGGAGGAGGGUCUGGUUUGGGCCUGGGUCCCGCAGAGCCCCCCUCCAGAGAGCAGAGUAGCCGGGAACGUCUAGCAGGCGGGGACGGCGGUUCUUCUUCCUCCGGCGGGGGUGGAGGGGGGGGCACCCAGUUUAAAAGCCGCAGCCAGAGCUUCAACACGGACACCACCACCAGCGGCAUCAGCUCCAUGAGCUCCAGCCCCUCCCGUGAGACCGCGGGGAACCCCGAGCAGCCCGAGCCCGACUCCUCGGACUGCGUCAGCCUCAACACGGUGGUCUCGGCCAAGACGGUCAAAACCACGUGCUCGCUCAGCCCGGCCCAGGACAACCACCUGCCCCUCUCCAAGUCCAGCUCCGUCUUCCUGGUCCCGCCCGGCUCCUCGCACACUCUCCCCCGCAGGGCCCAGAGCCUCAAGUCUCCCUCGGUGCCGACCAUUAAGAGCCUGGCGGACUGCAGCUUGGUGUACACCAGCCCGCGCGACGCGCUAGGCUACGCUACGCUGCGGAGGCUGCAGCAGCAGAGGAUACACCCCUCUCUGUCUCACAGCGAGGCGUUAGCGUCACCCGCCAAAGACGUGCUCUUCACUGACACCAUCACCAUGAAGACCGGAAGUCUUGACUCCAGGCUAAUGCCGCGCAGCUCUGCCUGGGCUCCUGAAGGCUUCUUCCCCACGGCCCAGUCUUGGUCACAGGACCAGGAGAGGAAGACUGAGGUGGACUAUCUUCGAUUGUCUGCUAAGAGGGUCAGCUGUCCAGGCACCAGCCUUUCUGUCACUCAGCGCAGGCUGUCCAGAGCCUGUGUUUCUCGGUUGUCUGCUAAGAGGGUCAGCUGUCCAGCUAUCCAGCCACUCUGCAGGAUGUCCAUCUCUUUGCCUUGGUUUCUCAAGGCCUUGAGCUUUGCGUCUCUGGACAAGGAGGAGCUGCUGAGCCCCAUCAACCAGAGCACUCUGCAUCGCUGCUCAUCAGUGCGCUCCAUGGUGUCCAGCGCCACGUACGGAUGUAAUGAUGACUACGUGGGACUGGCACUGCCCAUGGACAUCAACGACAUGUUCCACAUCCGAGAUGCGCCCUACUUCCAACAGAGCACCAGCCCGCUCGCCGAUGACAAGUGCACAUUCUACUUUGGGGACUCCGACAGUGAUGGUGGUUGUCCAUACCCUCCUAUCCCACUGCUGAAGCAGCAGUUCAGUAUCUCUGAGCUGAUGGCCAACAGAGAGAACAACCAGAACCACCCGGUGGGUCCCCAGGAGACGGGCCUCCAGGAACACACUGACCACAACUGUCUGUACUGCGUAGGAGCUACUGUACUGGGACACCACACACAGCCUCAGAUCAACAACACACACACGCGCACUGACUACAUAGACUUUCCCUGGUCCAGUCAGACCAGCCAUCGUCUGGAGAUAAUGCCUCAGUCCAAGUUCUCCGGAGUCUCUGGCUGCAGCGACGCUACUGUAUCCCAGGAAUCUGUCUGCAGCACCCCCACUCCGGAUAUUGUGCUGGGUGGCAAGGCGCUGUCUGAAGACGGGCCGGCCUGUCGGGUCCUGCUGAGGAAGGAGGUCCUGAGACUUGUCAUCAACCUCAGCUCUUCCGUGGGAACCAAGGGCCACGAGACGGGGCUACUGACGAUAAAAGAGAAGUUCCCCUAUGCAUUCGAUGACAUCUGUUUGUACUCUGAGGUGUCUCACCUGCUGGCCCACUCAAUGUUCCGCCUGCCUUCCCGACGAUUCAUACAGGAACUCUUCCAGGAUGUACACUUCAUACCGAUGUACGAAGAAGCAGAAGCGAUCCUGUCGAAGCCUCCGAAGCCUGUCAGGGUGAAUAUAGACCCUCCUGCAGAGUCCUGAUGGGCCUUGUUCUUGUCUCUCCCCGCUGUUUAGACAAACUGCAUUGCCCCCCCCCCCCGACCCAUCAGCCCUCACAUUAUGUUUUAGACAGUGACAGAAUGAGAAACUGGAGGGAUGGAGACAAUGACAGAGCUUAGGACAGAGGGAGCAUGAAUGAGAGGAUGUUAAAAAUAGAGUAAAGGGGUAUUCUCCCUCAAGUCGCUUCAGAAAGAUGUCUGUGAACAAAUGAAACAUGACACGCCUAGUCCUGUUUCGGCCUGUGGCCGACAGGGGGAGCGGUUUUACCAAAUAUGUUUUUGCCAACGCACAAGCCUGAGUGAGGGACAGCAAAGUGGACUGACUCAUCACGGACCUGAACACGAGCUGGAUGAAUAACGACGGAGACUUCAAACUUUUGCAUUUGAUGCAUGCAGAUUAUGAAAUGACAAGGGCGCGUUCAUUCCAUCGCAGUUAGUGCUGGACCCCUCUUCUCUGUAUGGAAACACUACAGAAGGUUCUGGUAGCUUCCCUCAGUCUCGCCCUCCGUGGACGUUAGGGAUGGCUGUGCUGUGAUCCGACAACUGUAUCACAUCCAACCGCUUCUGAUCAAAAGACUCAUUCUGAUUUAAACAAGUUUAUUUUAUUGUUUUCAUUUAUUUCUACAGAGCCCGUCUGACAAUCAAACAUCAGUAGUGUUGUUGUUCUUAUUUAACGGUCACUCUCUUCUACAAUCUGGACCCAGUGAACGUAUUUGCUGUGGCUUGCUGUCCGUCAACCCCGACUGUAGUCUUCUGUCUGUGCAUCUCUGGCCCUGGCCGGAAGGACCCUGACAAUGGAAACGGCCAGGCUGUCUUUUUGGAGCUUUUCAAAUACUGCCAUGAAAUACACUGGUACAUACUGUGCACUGCUGUUGUGUCUGUCGUACCUGUUAAGAGAAGGGGCCACAGCGCCUCUUUCCAAACCCUACCUCUGUGCUUCGCUCUCACUGCAUGUGCUGACGGCAUGGCAAAGUCGUACUAUCACAUAAUCAUCGUCACUUUGUUUCUGGAAAUAGAUCGUUUAGUUUCAUUGUCUUAAAUCAUAAUAGGUUGUGGUCACUUGUUUGCAAACUGGGAAAAAGUAGUUGUCCCUAAAUUUCACAAUGCAAUAUCGCUGUCUAUGAUUGGCUGAGGCCAGGGUGAUAAUGUAUGGAUUGGCGUGAGGUUUCCAUGGGAACAGGUUACUGUUUCUACUGGUUAAGUUUUGCUAUUUUGCUGCUACACAAGUGGAAUCAUAGUGAUGAUUUAUAAAUCGACUGAGUGAUGUCAGAUCUAUUUAUUAUAUAUCUGUACCAUAGCAGAGUGUGAGUGAGAGAAGAGAAGAAAAAUAAGUUAUUUAUAUUUUUUCCUUGAGACUGUAUUAUAAUUUAAAUUUUUGUUUUGUUGUUGCCUAAAUCGUGGUUUUCCUUGUAUAAUGUGUACAGUGUGUUUUGGGGUAUUGUUGACCUAAAAAAAAAAAAAAAUCCUUACAAAGGGAUAAAUUGUUAAUAAAAAAACAAAAAUCAUUAACUGCCCAAACAGAGUUCUUUCUUUCUUGUUUCUAACAGCCCAGGGGCCUGAACACCUAUAUAGGAGACACAUCAGGUGUAAUUAUCAGAUAACAGAUUCUUGCUACAAACCUAGAUGGUUCACUCAAUUGCUGUUUAUGUAUGUACAUCAUUUAGGGGAUCAUGUUACCAUCUACAUUUCUAUAACCCAAAAUAUUGUUUUUACAGCUGUUGAAA